AUGGUCCCUCGUCGCGGGGAGGAAUGGGCCGUGCUGUGGGUCUCCGGAGAAACCCAGGCCUCGUCUCCCCGUCCCGGAGCUGCCCCGCCCGGAUUCACCCGGUUACCCGCCCUGCGAUCACGCGGGGACCACAGCAGUCCUAGUCAAGAAGUAGGGUCUGCUCUGCGCGCUGCAACCAGCAGCUUGUCACCCAGCCAGUCUCCAUGGCAACGCGCCGGGCCGCACCACGGCGGCCGCCGAGGGACAAUCCUGCCGCGUCCGCAGCCUUCCGGGCUUUGCGCACAAGGCCCGCCCACCCCACUCCCCCAUCCGCCACCCCGGUCCCGCCUUCCUCUCGCGUCUCCCGGGCAACGCGCGGUGUACCGCGCCUCGCGUCUGCGCAGAGGCUCGCUCCGCGUCUGCGCCAGCCUACAGAGCUUGGGUACCGACCUGGCUCGCGUUCCCCAGUCGCUCCCAAAGGUGGAAGAAGAGAAUCCUGCAGUUAGCCAGCAGCCCAGGCCCUCCGUCACAUGGAACCUAGGCUCGCCCAUUGCCUGUGCGGUGGCCCCCCGGGCGACCACCAGUUCUGGCACCAGCCCGGCCUCGGCCUUCUUCCGGCGCAGUAGGCUCGGCAGCCGCCCCGACAUUCACGUACGGACCAAGCCGCAGAUCUGCUUCCUGCGGCCGCGGACCGCUCAGCCGCCGGUGCUCUUCAGCUUAAUGAAUUCCAGUGAAGCAGCAGUGAAAAAAUUUUUACCCAAGAGCCACUUAUCUCGGGUGAUUAUUCGUGACAACCUCAGUGCACAACGAAUCUAUGAGAUGGAGACAAGAGCUUCAGACAAGACCAAGAAAAAGAUGGGCCACUUGUAUGACCACCUGAAAAAAAAAUUCAUGACAGACCAGCUCAGAAAGCUGGGGCGCUGGCGACGGGAAUCCAUGAAUGUCCGGCAGUACCUGGAUAGCAUCCGAGUGUACAAGGAGCCUAAGAAGAAAGACCAGCCACCCUAGUCAAGGUAGAGUGAUCUGCCCUGGGGCCAUGACGACACUAGGUGGACGGGAGAAGAGCUGGAAGGGAGCCAGUCUACACCGUUGUAGAACAACAAUAAAUGAGACCAGUGGACAGUGGAGCACAAAACCCCUUAGCAAUUCUAAUAUUUCUUGCCCUGUCCUAUCCCCUCUUUUCUGGUGAAGGUGAUUCUGAUAGUCCUGUAGCUGCUGAAGUGGAAACGGCUGAAUCGAACCGGCUUCCAAGAUUAAGGCAUGACCUUUGGUACCCACAUGUCUGUUACAAUGCCAGGCCAGGUGCGCUGGGACAGUGGUACCUUGGAUGGGAAGGGC